UCCCUCUGUUCCUCUCUUCCUCUCUCUCCUCACCGCCCACUCUCACUCACCGCCGCCUCGCCGGCUUCUUCUCCCCGUCACAUCGCCUGCUACCCCCUUUUUUCUGCAUUUUUUGGUGGAGAAACACCGCGCAUUCUUUGGACCAAAACAGCACAAACACAAACCACCACCAUGGCGAGCACCGAGGAUAAAGUGGUGGCGAAACAGGAGAAUGCGACCACCUGGAAGGACUCCUUCUACAACCCGAGGACCGGGGAGUUUAUGGGUCGCACGGCCACCAGCUGGGCCCUCAUCCUGCUCUUCUACCUGGUGUUCUACGCCUUCCUGGCCGGGAUGUUCGCGCUGACCAUGUGGGUGAUGCUGAUGACUCUGGACGACAACGUGCCCAAGUACCAAGACCGCGUUCCCUUCCCAGGGUUGGCGAUUCAACCAAAUACACUGGAUAUUAUCUACAAUAAAUCUGAACCAUUAAAGUACGCCCCGUAUGUCCAGAAGCUGGAAUCCUUCCUGCUGAGUUAUAAUGAUACCGAGCAGGAGAAGAAUGAGGAGUGCACUCGAGGAGAGUACUUCCUGCAGGACACCGCCGAGGACAUGGAGAAGAAAGCGUGCCGCUUCAAGAGGGGCUUCCUGAGUCUGUGCUCCGGCCUCUCCGACACCAACUUCGGAUAUUCUGAGGGGAAACCGUGCAUCCUGCUUAAAUUGAAUAGGAUCAUCGGACUGAAGCCUCGUGGGGAUCCCUACAUCGCCUGCGCAGUCAAAAAAGACGAACCCAUUCAAAUGCAGUAUUUCCCCCGUGAAGGCAUCAUUGAUAAGAUGUAUUUCCCCUACUACGGAAAGAAAGCCCAUGAGACCUACGUUCAGCCCCUGGUGGCCGUGAAGCUGCUGCUCACCAAGGAGGACUACAACAAGGAACUGGCGAUUGAGUGCAAGGUGGAGGGCUCCGACCUCCGUAACAACGACGAGAGGGAUAAGUUCCUGGGCCGUGUCACCUUCCGGAUCAAGGUGGAGGCGUAGGUGGAGUAAAAGGACGAGAAACCCACGCAGAGGCUGCCCAGGAUUUGAAAAAUAAAGAUAACAAAAACGUGUCAAAAACGUCACAAAGACGGCAUUUUUGGGACGUGGCCCAACAGUUUGUUGUAGAUAGGUUAGAUGCAGAUAUUGAAUGUCGCUUUGCUGACAUUCUGACCCUUCUUUCCUUCACGAUCUCCCCAAAGGUCAGACACAGGCUCUGCUUCCUGACCCCAUCAUCUCAUUCACCUGUUGCACUGCGCAUUCCUCACCCCUUUUAAUAUGUUUUAAUUGUUAGUAUUGAUGUGAUUAGAAAACGUAUAGCCAUUUCAACCAAGCUACUUGGAGCUGUUGUGUAAUUGCUGAUACAACUUUUUUUGUUUUGUUUUUUCUGCUCAUACCUCAUUCCAAUCUGUAUGAAUGAGCGCAUUGUCGCUGGAAGAUUCGUACCUUUCUGUAUAGUGUAAUUGAGAAAGUAGAACAUCACUUCAUCGCAUCACAAAGACGUCAUAGGAAACGUACCUUGAUAAUCAAGUAUAGCCACUGUAUCCCUGUAUAUGAAAUGCCAAUUACAAAGUCCCUUUCUACAUAUAAAUACAUUGUAAUCCUUAUCAUAUUUAGGGAAUUAUAGAUAGUUCUUCGUGUCGAGGCCUGCGUGGCCGCGACCCCGUCUCGUGCUGUCUGUCCGUCUGUCUGCAUGUCUGUCUGUCUGUCUGUCUGUCUGUCUGUCUGUCUGUCUGUCUGUCUGUCUGUCUGUCUGUCUGUCUGUCUGUCUGCCCGUCUUCCUGUUUACUCACCUCUCCACUGCAAUAGCCAACAUGUGGGCGGGCCCUCCGGGAGAAGCUGUCUCGCUCCACCUUAGCCUGGUGCUGCGCAGUGAUGGUGGCUGAGGCGACACACACACACACACACCGAGAGAGUACAGUGUAAAAAAACUAGAAAAAGUCGCAAAAUAAAAACUGUAACUAUGUACUGUAUAUCUAUCUGGGUCUCAACGAUUGUUCGUCAGUUUUUUCAGCCUGUUGAUCUGAUUGUCUGCCAAUCUAUUACUCUUCAAUGUAUAUAUAUAUACACACACUAUCUACCAUAUUUACUUCACACUGUAUUUUUGUCACAAAACACAAUGUCUGUGCACUGUAAAGAAAUAAUUUAAGCAAAGAUUUACAGGAAAUUAUCUUAUUCAAAGCUAUGUUUACACAGUCUUAAAAGGAACCCUCAUUUGAAAGACCAUCUUGUAACAUCUCUGCAGGGUGCCUUAAGACCUGAUCAAAUAAAUUGUGGAAUAAAAGUGAUUUUGAAGAAAAAUA